GAAAUAUAGUGUAGUAAAGUACCAUGGAUACUUGCACAAUACUUGUACUUAUUUACUUCCCACUACUACAUUAAAGUUGAUCUCCAAACACAUAUUUCCAUGAAGGGAAAAUACGAAAACAUGAUUGUAAACGCAUGACCUUUAAAAUCUUCCACUGCAUGUUAAAGUGAUAAAUACAGUACUAGCAGCUCACGAGGGGGAUCACUUUCAUUUCUGGAACCACAAUAAGGAAGCAGCUCGGGUCCGGCAGUGAUUGGUGAGUUGCUGGGGCACUCCUCAGCAAGAUGGCUGCAUUGCUGCGCGCAAUAGUGGCAUCCUGGUGAAAUGACGCAAGCCACAGUUUACGUUCAGUCCUCCAGGCUCUGAGCUCUCCUGUCUCCAUAGCGCAGAUCCCGCCCGACGCAGCCGGAAGACCGACCGGCUAACCUCCAGUGGACCGAGCGGAACCGGUUCAUCUGAAUACGUUGAACAGAUCAGCAGUCCUCAGUGUCCUCUUUGAAGGAGAAGCGAAUCUCAAAAGCUGCUGUGAGAAAACACCGUGCAAAGCAUUUUCACAUCGAUGGAACCGGUGAGAGUGCGAUGAGGAGAGGCUUCAGAGUGUGAGGCCAUGGGCUGCACCUCGGCCAAGCAGGUGUCGGCCGUGCCCAACGAUGAGGAGGGACGCGGCAAGGCCUACAGCAAUGGAGACCUCUUCACCGAUGAAUACAAGAUGAAGGGAGUGGAGGAGGUGAAGUACAUGAGAGGGGAUGAAAACCGGGUGAAUGCGCGCAACCAGGAGAACCUGGAGAAAAGUAAUGUGCAGUACAGGGGCAAACAGCAGAAAGAGGUCGCUGGGGCAAACAUUAAGUCCAAUAUUCACACGUCAGAGAGCCAGCAGGAAUUUUUCAGGAUGCUGGAUGAGAAGAUUGAGAAGGGACGAGACUACUGUUCGGAGGAGGAGGAGGAAGAUGGGACAUAGCACAGAGGCCCCCAGAAUUCAUCCCCGCAGAGAGCCUCAUAAAGUGUGUGUGUGUGUGUGUGUGCGUGUGUGCAUAUGUAUGUGCUUAUGUGUGAAUGAGAGACAGACAGAGUUGAAUCAAUGUUUUACCAAUGGGGCGUUGAUGUGACGGGACACUGUAUGUGUUGGUAUGAACAUGUGUGUGAUUUUUUGAACAUAUGGCAAAGAUAGUAUUUUAAAAAAAGUGAGUGAAAGGUAUAAAUGAGAGAAAGCGAGGGAGAGAGAAUGGGAUAAAAAAAAAAAACACUUUCUUCAGAGACUAUAGCCCUCCUCUGUUAGCGCCUCAGCCCUUCAGGCCCUCCGAGCGGACAGAUGGAGGUGGCGGAGCGUUGAAGGGACAGACAGAUGAAAGGAGGGAGAGAUGGAGGAGAACGUGACGACAGAUGGGCACACAUCGUUAUGAACGGAGGGAAGGACUUGCCACAGUCUGGUCAGACAGAGUAAUUUCCUCGAGCAGGACGGCAGC